UCGGGAAUGUGGGAGUGGAACCUGCUGGGGCCAUUGGCCGCGCGCCUCGUGCGAGAUGAGAGACGUGGCCGCAUCGCCAGAGGCGGGUGAAGCAGGGACCUCGGCCUUGCACGACCAAAGCCCCUCACAACCCGGGGUCGUUGGCAGGACAACGUAUGUGAAGCAUUACAAGUCUUAUCACCAGAGGUAGAGAUGUCUGUGCCCAGUAUCAAGAAAUCAGCAAGGCGACGUUUGGCGGGUAUCUCCCCUGCGGCGCUUGACGACGCGGAGAUCUCUGGCUUGCAAGAUCAAAGCCCAUCAGAGCUCGAUACGACCGAUGACAAGCCAAAGCGGAAACCAAGGACCUGUGCUAUCUGUGGGAGUAAUACUUGCAAAGGCCGUAUGAUACGCGCCUUGUGUACAGAAUGGUGCGGAAAGCGGAUGGCCGCGCUCCGAAUGGUGAAGAAAGGAAAAACUUGCGAUGUCUGUGGGAGUGGAACCUGCAAAGGCCGUGUGAAGCGCACGUUGUGUGAAGAACUACAAGAUGGCAAGCUGACGGUUCCUGCGACGCGCAGGGUGAAAAAGAAGGGCGCGGGGGAGGGCGUGGGAGAGGUGGAGACGUCUCCAUCCCCGAUCAGGAAGUCCCCGAGGCGACGGUCGGAGGGCAUCCCCUCUGCGACCGUCACUGCAGAGGGGAGGGGUGAAGCGAAGGCUGUUGCUGAGGUGGAAACGUCUCCAUCCAAGAACAAGAAAUCAUUGAGGCGCCAAUCGGAUGCCAUCUCCUCUGCGAAGUCUGAUGCGGAGAAGAAGGGCGGUCCGGGGCUUGUGGUUGAGAUUCCAGCAACACCGAAGAGGCGGUUGAUGCGGGACGGGAAAGUUGGGCGGGCAUCCAACGGAUCAGUCGAUGUGCAGCCACACAGACGAGCUCCUCGGCACCCCACAACCCCGACGCCAACAAACCUUCCCUGCCGCGCUACCCCACGUUCCAGUACGGCCAGCCCGUCCCCUCGCCGCUCCUCAACGGGCAAUUGCAUAACUUUCACCCCCACCUCUUCCGACUUCACCACUCACCUCCAAACAAUCGCCACAACCGUCUGGUCCUCCCGCAACCUGCUCAUCGGCAUCGGGGCGGGCGUCUCGACCGCCGCCGGCAUCUCCGAUUUCCGAUCAUCCGAAGGGUACUACCACACUGCGACGGGCAAGGAAGUCAAGAAGGGUCUAGAUGCGAAUGGGUUCUUUGACCAUCCGGAGGAGGCAGCCAGGGCGAUCUAUAAAGUUGGGGGGAUGCAUGCGAAGGCGGUUGGAGGCGAGAAAAGCACGACGGCGUUUCAUGAGAUGGUUAGGUAUUUGGAGGGGGAGGGGCACUUGUUGAGGCUUUAUUCGCAGAAUAUCGACAAUCUCGAUCAACUCCUUGGACUGGGGGACAGGCUGGUGAAGAUGCAUGGCGAUCUAUACCACCUCCGCUGCCCCAAAUGCUCGCUCGAAACACCCCUCCCCUGUGCUUACGAAAAGUUCUGGGCGCAAGAUUUCGACAAAGGCCCGCUACCCUUCUGCACGAGCUGUGCGAAGUUCGAGGAGGCACGGACGGAGGCGGGCAAGAGGAGCUGUGGACGUGUGCCGGUGCUGUUGCCGGCGAUUGUGAGAUAUGGGGAGGAGCAUUGGAAUGGUAUGUUUCGGUGAACAAGGGAUCGUCGCAGGGGAGCACGGGUGUGGUUUGUUUUGUUUUACGUGGAUCUCGCAAGUUUAUUUGGCCGCCAUUUCCCAUUCAUUAUCUGGUCCUUACACAGGCGAAGAACUCUCAUCCAAGAUCGAUGCCGACAUAGGAAAAGUAGACAUGUUGAUGGUCGCAGGCACGAGUCUUCGCAUUCCCGGGUUCAAAGCAUUCGUCAAAACCGCCUCUGA